AAAUAUACAAAAUUAUAUAUAAAUUAAACGUAGAGCUCAAGUAAAUCUCAGUUUUCUAAUUUCCAAUUUCUUUUCGGUUAAUGAAUGUGGAAAAUUGUUUUAUAUAAAAAUUUUCUGUUUCAAGUGCAUAAACUUACAAAAAAAGAAAUAGAACCAAAAAAUCGUAAGACAAAAUUUUUGUAACCAUUAGGUGAUCUAUAUAUGGAAGAGAUGGGACAAAAUUUCGAGAAUUUAAAUGGUGGAGAACAGCCUGGAGAGAGAAAAAGCUACGGCAGCCUAUCGGGAAAGACGUCAUCGGCUAUAAUGGGCGGCCCCAAUGGAGCUAGCAAUGCCUCCAUUUCAACCCUAAUGGGUCAACGUGAUCACGAUCAUGAUGGGGAUAAUGAGGAGGACGUCAUCAGUGUCAGGCAAGUUAGGGAAGGUGAUGAGAAAAGAAGACGCAAAACUGGUGGGGUUAAGUCCGAUGCAAUUGGCCAAAAACUUAAAGAGGAAUUGUGCAAGUAUAAGCAAGAGCUAAAGGAAUAUAAUGAGACCACCAAGGAUCUGGAAGAGAAAUAUAUGAAAAUCAAUUAUGAACUAAAUGAGAUGCAACAGAAGCAUGAUCAUUUUGUGGCCAAACGUGUACACAGCUCGGCCGAGGAUGGCGAUGAGAAUGAGGAUAGUGAUGCUGAUCUAAAUGGUUUGUCAUCCCGAUACUAUGGCUCUUCCACCAGUGUCAAUUCUGAGGAUGAUGAUGAAGAUGAUGGAGAUGAUGGAUCCCUAAAGUGUAAGAAUAACAAGCUCUUUCGUAGUAAUACCAGCUUUGUGACCGUCCUAUCUGGUGAUAAUAACAAAAUCAAGCAACACAGGAAAACAAAAUCCCAUCUCUCGGCUCAGGUUAUGAAUCAGCAGCUAGUUGAAACCUUAGCACAACGACAGGCGAAACGUAAAAAACGUAAUUCCAUAGAAGAUGAACAGAUGAAUAACUCCAUCAAGGAUGUAUAUAAUGUAUUGAAAGAUGUGAUAAAUACAUCAAAGGAAAAUAAAUAUAAAACAGAUCGUGAUACAGGUGAUAUAACUCAACUCUAUUCCACCAUUAAAAGCCUGAAGAGCGAACAAAUGGAAUUCCAGCAGGUCAUACGUCAGCAACAGGAUCGGAUAAGUGACUAUCAUUCGCGUUGUGUCAAGGCUCAGGAGAUAAUGAAAACGCAAAAGCAUGAGAUCGAUAAAUUGCAUAUGAAUAAUAAGCACUUGGAAUCAAGUAUCUAUAAUGAUAUUGAUACUCUGCGCUCCAAGAUCGAUACGAAAUUGAAAAAUGUCUCCCAUUUGCCACAAAUGAUGCGGGACGAGCAUUCCAAGUAUGAGAAGGUAAUGCGAGAGAAUUGUUUAUUAAAUGAUAAAUUGCAUGUCCUGCAACAGGAGGCCAAUCAAUUGAAGGUGAAAAUCGAUGAAUUGGGUCGACGCAAAAUGGUCACAAUAAAUCGCUUGAAGGCGGCCGAAAGAGAUUUGAAAAUCUUUAAAAAUUAUAAUACAGCUUUAAAGUCAGAGAAGCGUCGUCUAUCGGAUGAGUUGUCGGCUGUCAAGGAGCAAUUGGAGCAAUUGCAGGCGUCCAGUAAACGGCAAUUGACUCGCUAUCGUGAUCAGAGUGAGAAACAACGUCGUGAUCUACAGAAACGUAUUUUUGAUCUUGAAUUGAAGUUGAGUCGCAGUCAGAACUCCACCUCGAGUCUGAUUCAGGAGAGGGAUAGCCUCAUUGCAGAGCUGCAGACACAAUUGCAUACAUUAGUUCACAAUUUUGAGGUGUCCCAGAAGCAUAUACGUGUCCUGCGGCGUCACAUCUAUUCCAUGACAAACUCAUCAGGUGGUGGUGCAAAUAGUGGGGCUGUAGGAGCGACAGGAGGUGGUGGUGGUGGUGGUGCUGGAGUGGUUAACCCAACCAUUCCUCGACGCACUAAUGAGGCUGGCAUUGUUCGCCUUACUCCAUUGGUUAACAAUGUUGGCAAUGUGCCACGUCUUAGCAAUCCUCGCACUCUAACCAAGAACAAAUCCUAGUGGCCAAUUUUCAUAAUCCUUAUCGUCCAGAUAACUUGAUCAUAUGUAUCUAGACUCUUGAUUGUAGUGCAGUUACAUAUCACCAAGUUGCAUGGAUGUUUUGGGCACUAAAUGUUCUAUUCCUUUACUACUCCUAACUUGGAUGAUGUUAAAAUACAAAUUUAUUGUUUCAAA